AUGCGUGUCUUUGCAGGCAUGAGCCUGACCUCUGUGACUCUGGCCAGUGCCCUGCAGGUCCGGGGCGAAGCUCUGUCUGAGGAGGAAAUCUGGUCCCUUUUGUCCCUGGCUGCUGAGCGGCUCCUGGAAGACCUUCGUGAUGGUUCCUCGGACUGUGUGGUCUGCCCCUGGUCCAUCUUGCUUUCUGCAACCGGAGGUCUUUCCUUCCAAGACCAUAUUUCUCAUAUAGAGGCGGCUCCUUUCAAGGCCCCUGAACUGCUGCAGGGGCAGAACGAUGAUGAGCAGCCUGCUACAUCUCAGCCCCUGCAGCUCUGCGAGCCCCUGCACUCCAUUCUGCUCACCAUGUGCGAAGACCAGCCUGGCAGGCGGCUGCCGCUGCAGUCUGUCCUAGAAGCUUGCCGGAUUCAUUGGGAAGAAGUGGCUGUCCACCCCGCCUCUGCCAAUCUCCAUGUCAGACAGCUGGUCAGCUUGGUUCUGGGCACCAUCUCUGAGGUGGAGAGGAGGGCUGUGGAGGAAAGGUCGUCUGGGCAGCGGGAUAGAAGCUACCUGCUCAGGAACAGGCUGUAUCAGGCGAGCUGCCAGAGCCGGUCAGCAAGGGCUCUGGGGUGUCUGCAUCCCUGCAAAGUUUCAGAGAGAAGCACAGAGACCCAGAGCUCCCUGGAGCCUGGACUGAGCACCUCAGCACACAGCCGCUGCAGCCUCUCUGUGAACAGCGUUCUUCCAGCUGAAGUUGCCCCAGAUCUUCAGGAAGGCCGACGGCUCAGCUCUGGUUCUGCUCUCCCAGAAAACUCACGGCCGGCAACUCCUUCUGAAAAGGCUUUCCUGCAAAGAAAGGGAAAGUUCUCCAGGCCGGAGUUCUCCCUGCUGGCUGGAGAGGCCCCGGUGACCUUGCAUCUGCCUGGAUCAAUUGUGACCAAAAAAGGGAAGUCCUAUUUGGCUCUCAGGGCCCUCUGUGUGGUGCUGCUGAACGGACAGUGCCUGGAGGUGAAAUGUGACAUCACAUCGACAGUGGGAGCCGUCUUCAGCGCUGUCGCAUCCUUUGCCAACCUUGGGGAGCUCACCCACUUUGGCUUGGCUUACAUGAAAGGCAAAGAGUUCUUUUUCCUGGACGCUGAAACCAAGUUGUGCAAAAUAGCCCCUGAAGGCUGGAGUGAGGCUCCCCAGAAGAGGAGCUCUCCGAACACCUUCACACUCUUUCUGAGGAUAAAGUUCUUCGUCAGUCACUGUGGGCUGCUCCAGCACAGCUGGACAAGGCAUCAAUUUUACUUGCAGCUUCGGAAAGACAUCCUGGAGGAGAAGCUGUAUUGCAAUGAUGAGAUGCUGCUACAGCUGGGGGUCCUCGCCCUGCAGGCUGAGUUUGGCAGUUACCCAGAGGAGGUAGAGAGUAAAGCCUAUUUUCGAGUUGAAGAUUACAUCCCUGCAAGUCUGAUUGAGAGGAUGACGGCUCUCCGGGUCCAAGUUGAAGUCUCAGAGAUGCACCGUCUGAGUUCUGUGCUCUGGGGAGAGAAUGCCGAGCUGGAGUUCUUAAGGGUCACUCAGCAGCUCCCAGAAUACGGUGUGCUGAUUUACCAAGUUCUCCCAGAGAAGACGAGGACAGAAGGGGAGAUGGCCUUGGGGAUCUGUGCCAAGGGGGUCAUAGUAUAUGAAGUGAGAAACAAGAACAGAAUUGCAACUUUACGGUUUCAGUGGAGAGAAAUUGAAAAGAUUUUGGCUUAUCGAAAGAAGUUCAUCAUCACAAGCAGCAUCACUGGGAAAAAACACAUGUUUGUCACUGAUUCAGCCAAGACCUGUAAAUAUUUACUGGGCCUCUGCUGCGCCCAGCAUGGGUUUAAUGCUCAGAUGAGCUCUCCUGGAGUGAUAACUGACUAUGAUAAGUGUGUGCGAAUGGCCAAUCCGAGUUUUGCACACCUGGCUCAGUCCAAGCCACUCACUUGGAUUCAGCGACUGUCGUGCUCAGAGAAUGCGCUGUUUGUGCCUGGGCUGGAGGAUGCUGCAGGAGGCCUGCUGCACACGUCACUGGACAACUUCACCUUGGACACCAGCAAGGGGACCAGGGUGCAGGGACUCAGAGGCAGCCCCUGCCCUGGCCGCGAGCAGCUGGAGCGCAUCUCUUUGACCCAGAAGCCAAAGACUUGUGACCCUCUCUCUGGGCUGCCUGCCCAGAGCCUGCGCACGGGGCCACAAAAUAACAGGAGAAGGAGCUUUACAGCUGAACCAGACCGAGAAAUUGUGCACGUGACACUGAGCCGGGAUCGCAGCCGUGGCUUUGGUUUUGUGAUUAACGAGGGAGAAGAUGUAGGCAAAGUUGAUCCUGGCAUCUUUAUAUCUUCUAUUAUACCUGGAGGACCAGCUGAAAAAGCUAAAAAGAUCAAAUCAGGAGGGCAGAUACUAGCCUUGAAUCACAUCAGUCUGGAGGGCUUCACGUUCGACAUGGCUGUUAGAAUGAUUCAGAAUUCUCCUGACAACAUAGAGUUAAUCAUUUCUCAGUCAAAAGGUGUUUGUGGAAAUAUGUCAAGCGAGGAGAAGAAUAGCACGGCCAAUUCUGGGGUCUUCUCUACAGACAGCCUGAGCAACGGGCACAGGGGAAGUUUCUCGUCACAUACACAAGACCAGGAGGGUAAUAUUGAAGAACUGGAAAUGGCUCGGACUCAGAGCUUCACACCCAGGCUGAGGCCUCAGCUGUCCACUCUGCCACUAAAGGGUGCUGGUUCUUCCUGUCCUCCAUCAUCUUCUGAAACCAAUGCCAGUGAAAUCUACUUUGUGGAGCUGGUUAAAGAAGACGGGACACUUGGAUUCAGCGUGACUGGUGGCAUUAACACAAGUGUGCUCUGUGGAGGUAUCUACGUGAAAUCCAUCGUUCCUGGAGGGCCAGCUGCCAAGGAGGGGCAGAUCCUGCAGGGUGACCGGCUCCUGCAGGUGGACGGAGUGAGUCUGUGCGGGCUCACCCACAAGCAGGCCGUGCAGUGUCUCAAGGGCUCUGGGCAGGUUGCAAGACUGGUCUUAGAGAGAAGAGUCCCCAGGACCGCACAGCAGUGUCCUUCUGCUAAUGACAGGAUGGGAGAUGAAUGCAUGGCUGUUUCCUUGGCAACAGUCUUGCCUGGAAGGCCCACGAGCAAUGUCUCGCCGACAGAUGGUCCCAAGUUUGAAGUCAAGCUAAAAAAGAAUGCCAGUGGUUUGGGAUUCAGCUUCGUGCAGAUGGAGAGUGAGCACUGUGGCCAUCUCAAAAACGAUCUUGUGAGGAUCAAGCGGCUCUUCCCGGGGCAGCCGGCGGAGGAGAACGGGGCCAUUGCAGCGGGUGACAUUAUUCUGGCCGUGAACGGAAGGCCCACGGAAGGCCUCGACUUCCAGGAAGUGCUCCAUUUACUGCGAGGAACCUCACAGGAAGUCACGCUCCUGCUUUGCCGACCCCCGCCAGGCGCGCUGCCUGAGAUGGACCAGGACUGGCAGACACCUGUGCUCUCAGCAGACAAAGAAUUCACCAGGGCCACAUGCGCUGACUCAGAGCAGAGCCCCAGCCUGGAUCAAGAGGACAGCCGGAGGGACAGUGCCUCCCCAGAGGCGGGGGAAGGCCUGGGUCUCAGGCCAGAGUCUUUCCAACAGGCCACCAGAGAGGCACAAUGGGACCAAGACAUAGAGAGACCCUGGGCCACUUCCUUGACGUGUCCUCAGGAUUCCUACCCUCAUUUAUGCAGAUUUUACCAAGAAACGGAUGCAUCGGCUACCUUUUUGGAAAAGGAUAUGAGGCAAAACUGCUAUUCAGUUUGUGAUAUCAGGAGACUUGAAAGAUUUUCCUACUCAUCUUCCCUAAGCAGACUCUCGACAGAUAUUUUCUGA